UCAAAGUGACAAUUAAUUUCUUUCCUUUUGAUUUUCACACCUUUCUUGCAAUCUUGAGCUUCUUCAGAAUUUCUUAUAAAGGUGAAAUUGUUAGAACAUAAAACAUCAAGAGCAAGCUCUAUAGUUUCUCUCUCCUAAAUCUCUCUAACUAUGAAACACCCCAAAGUUGCUACUAAUCAACCCACGGCCGCAGUUGUGCUGCUUCUGAUGUUAUUACUAGCCCCAGGUUCAGAGGCCACGAUUGCAUGUAGCGACGUAGUUAAGUAUCUGAGACCAUGUGUGAGCUACCUAGAGAAGGGCACUGGGAAGCCACCAGCUGCAUGUUGUUCUGGAGUCUCAGGUCUUGCAUCUGCGGCGUCAACCUCUGCUGAUAAGAAGGCUGCUUGUGAGUGCAUCAAGACAGCAGCCCAAAAGAUAAAUCCAAAUGCCCAAGCAGCCCAGACUCUUCCUAGCGACUGUGGAAUCAGUUUGCCAUUCACUGUUUCGCCAAACGUCGAUUGUUCCAAGAUUGGUUGAAAUUCGGGGGAAUUAUAAACUACUUCCAACUCCCACUAGAGAAUAAGCUAUUUCAUCAGUUGUAAAUUAAACGUCUUUCUUUCUUUCUUGUUUAUGAUGUUGGAAAGUGGGUGUUUACUUUCUAAGAAUAAAAGCAAUUACUCUAUCUCUUACUGCUAGAGUGGAUCUUGAUCAUUGUGUACGUACAACACAUGUAUAUCAUUAAUCAUAAUAAAAGUCAAAUUUUAGUAUGAUAA